CUAGGGUAUUCACAUUUCCAAAACCGGGGCCCGGCCGGGCAGCUUUCGGGAACAGAAAGUAUUAUGUAAAAGACACCGAACUGCACAUACUUCGGUGUUACACAUAAAAGAGAGUUGUGGAAGAGGUUACUAAUCUCCUAGCAGAUCCCACGGUAGCAUAAGAUAGUAUCAAAAGCUGGUAGAGGAGUGAAGCUGGCUUAGGGGUGUAUUUGGCUUUUGGCUGACUACACUCCUUGGCCAGUUUGGUACUAUCUUAUGCCAUUUUAGGAUCUGCUUUGAGAUUAGAGGUUACAGCACUGCACAUCCCAGCGUAUUGCGAAAAUAUACACAGUUUACAGUUCGUAUAGCUUCUUGAAUAUUCAAGUACUAAGUCCACCAGUACUCAGACUCAAUCUAUCCGGUAUGCAAGAAAAACAAGUCUGCGCUAUGCCGUUAUUUACCACUCGUGUGCGGGACAAAAUGCUCUAUACAAGAAAACAGCUGACACAAUACUGAGGUUUCUUCAAUGAGAGUAACACAAUGAUAAUAUACUGAUCCAAGAAUUAGUUCGGAGGUCUCUUAUCAAUUCAUUAUAGCAAAUGAGCAAAUUUAAGCGAAAUACGAGGUAAGUAACCCCUGUGAAUAAUGCAUGGUUUCUUCAUCGACGUUAUAUAACGUCCUUGUUUUUUUAAUACUUAAUACAUGAUAUCUCUUGAAUAUUUACUCACAGCUGACGAUUUGCGGUUUGUGCUUUAUAAUUCAAGGCGCGACAAUGUAAGGUGAUUUUACACUUAAAACAUUUUCUUAACUGUGUAAACUUAAUCUUGCAACAAUGAUGACAAAAACGGUAACAACACGUUAUACCACAAUAUACAAUGCAUAUUAUGAUAUCAAGGUCUCUUACGUCAAAGAAGCAAAUAACUCAUAGUAAAUUGAAAAAUUCCUCCUAAACAUAGACAAGUGGCUGUUGUGGAUGUUGAAUGUUUAUGACAUGCCACAUCCGAUUUCUAGACAAUUAUUAGUGGGGUCGGCUUUUUCCAAGACGUCACAGCGGAGAAAGCGCAUUUCGUGAUCGGCACCAGAUUGGGUGCGGUCCGAGUGCGAGAUGGCGGAGGGUCCGGGAGACGAACUUCAGCAGACCCAAACAGCAGAAAACAGCCCGACAGCCGCAGAGUUGACUGACCCAGGAGGGUCUACACGUGAGGGAAAUGGCUACAUGCCAAUGGCUUCGAUCGUAAACAAUGGCUAUACGCCAAUGGCUUCUCUCGUAGACACUGGCUACACUCCUAUGUCACCUAUCGUAGACAACGGCUAUACUCCGAUGGCUUCUCUCCAAAAGGCUUCUGAGGUGCCACCGCCUCUUCCCCCGAAAAAGAACCGUCGUCGUCAGGGAGGACCGUCUCUUCCCUCCGGAGACACUCCGAGAGAACCGCCGCGUCUCUCUGGAGAAACUUUGGGGGAACCACGGGGUCCUUCCGGAGAAACUCCACCGCGGUUUCUCCUCCCCAAACGGAGAAACGCCAAGAGGGCCGGUGUUUACUGGAUGCGGGAGGAAGACAUCGUCAACCUGCCGCUGAACCCGAUGUACAACGCGGAUCUAGAUCUGCCGCCAGAAGGACAAACAACUCCGAAAGAGGUCGGUGGGUCAUCCCAAGCGGGAGGUCCGGAUGAUGGGAGGAGGCAAGGGGACCAGGCGGCGUCUGGUCCAGCCACACACGUGUAUGAAGAUGGAGACACGUUCGGGAUGCGUCUCGGACCACCUCUGAAGGGAGAUCCUCGCAGCGCCCCGCCUGUCCCCUCCACCCCGAGGCCAGGACGAACCACCGAUGGGGCCCAACCUGUGGCGGCCGCCACACACGUGUAUGAGGAUGGAGAAUCGUUCGGGAUGCGUCUCGGGCCAGCUCUGAACCGAGACGCACCUGCUGUCCCCUCCACCCCGAGGCCAGGAAGACCGACCGGCGGGGCCCAACAACUGCCGGGCGGGCCAAAUCCGCUAUCAAACCCGCAGGACGUCAUCAACCAGCUGCGACCAAACCCGAUGUACAACUCCAACCAGGCCCCACAAGCUCCAGUAUACAGGGAAGAGAACUUAUCCAAGUAG